AUGCAGGGAGGGGAAUCUAAGAUGCAUAUAAAAAUCAUGUCAAACUUUAUGAAACUACUCAGUAUUGAACAAUUUGUUGCACUAUGAGCUCGCCUUGCCUGGUCGCUGCGUUUGCAGUUAUUCUUAUCAGCCAUGCAGAAGCAACUGAAACGAACGCAUCCCAAUCGACAACAUUUAUCAGCAACACCAUCACCACUCUAUUAGAGUUCAAAAUUGCUGAUACGGAAAAUUCGUCUGCAGCUAUUCAUGACAAAUACGUAGCCAAGAUACGAAAUGCUUACAAAACUGGUCAGAAUCUGCCAGAUUCCCAUUAUGACAACCCUAUUGUGGCAGAUCAACAUAACGGAGAGAACGUUGAGCGAUGUCUUAACAGCACUGCAGAAGCAAUUGACUUUAUGCUCACUAAAUACGUGGCUCGAUUGGACUUUUGUAUGGUUGAACAUAUGCCCGAUAAUGCAACGAUCGAGGCUAAAUUCGGCCGAUGGCAGACGCGUGGAGACCGACUUGAGAAGAAAAUCAAUCGCGAUCCGAGAUGUUAUGGAGAGAAAUGCGCAGACCAUUGUGACCCUUUGGACUGCACAGCUCUCCAAGAUGCCGUUCUAGGGUGGAAGUCAAAUGGACAAACAAUCCAAAGUAGAAUACAGUAUUUGAAUCGUACGAGAAAGGUUCAAACAAUAAAAUGCUUCAAUGCUGCAAAUCGGCUAUUUAAAAUGGAACUCACGGUGAGGAGCAAGGCUUUGCAGUCUUGUAUCGAGCUGGCCCAUUAGAUGAAUGAACUCUCUGCCAAAUUAGCGAAACAAAAAGAUGAGGGAAGUUGGAUCAGAAGAGAGAGUCACCUCGCUAUUUGGAACUGAAAUGUCGCCGCAAGCUUUACUGAAAGUACGAAAUUUAUGCAGAAACUGAAAAUAAUCUUUGUUAUUGUAAUUUAUUGUAAUUUAUAAGAAGAGAAAGAUUUCAUUGCUGAAGUGAUCGUGGCCGAAUAUAUCAUUUCUCCGAAUAGUUCGUCGCCACCGUCUCAUCAUAUCAACUGUCAAAGAGAUGAAUCGAACUUGAAAAUAAUUAGGAGCCAAUCAGUCCAGACACUGUGUAUCGGGUAAUACAACAGAAUAGAUUCUGAUCGAUUCAUCAAUUAUUCAGAGGUGUAAGACAAAAUGUAACUGAAGAUAGUUGAACUGACAGCUGUAAAUAAACUGUCUGACAGGCUCUAUAUGGCUAUCAGGCCACAGGAGUUAUCCUUUGAAGAGACAAUAGUCCCAUUGUAAUAUUUCAGUCUUCUGUUCUGGAAAUUUACGGGGCGAAUCCAUGAAAGUUUUAAAAAGUCUGAAAAGUGGGGCCGGAUCGAUUGCAAAUAGCUGAAUCGUAUAGAUUUGAACGCAGUUUAUUUUCCGAUUGAAUUGAAGUGAAUAGUGUUAUCAGUUUCAAUGAGUCGGAUAUGAUUUCAAAGAAACUAUAAGGAUAAUUAGAAAAGAUAUGCUAAACUACUAGGCCAAUGACUUCUGUAAUGAUAAUAAACUGUUAUUAAUUAUCUACGUAUG